CCUCCGUCUAGAACUUAUAUCAAAAUGAAGUUCGGUUUUCAGGUUUUUGUUUUCGUCAGUCUGGGUGCUGCUUUAGCCAUAACAUUGCCAGAACACAAUUGCACCGAGUUCUUUACAUAUGGCGUCGAGGACGGAAAUACUUUUGUAGGUUUAUUCACGGCACCCAAGGCGGGUCUACAAAGUAUAUCAUGGCAUAUAAAGCUAACGUGGCUGGGAUCGGAUGACAGUCCUGUGCACACAAUAGAUCAUUAUCCCUCGGAAGAACAGGCGGUUCAAAAUAUAAACAACGGACUGUGGGCCCAGCUGGUUGUACGAUUUCGAAAUACCUCCCUCGAGAUGCCAAAGCUUACCCUUUUGGAAGUCAAUAACAUGACGCUUUGCAGUAAUCCCAAAUGUCUUUGUCUGAGCUCUGCCCAGGCUCUACUCGUGCCUCAGCACAAUUGCGAUAACCACUUCAGAUACGCCACGGAGGAUGGUGGAAGGACCUUCAUAGGCAUUUUCACGGCGCCUAAGUUGAACAUUCACAAUUUUAAAUGGCAGGCGAUUUUCGAAGUCCGAGGAUCUCGCUCGUUGUUUGUAAGUGCUUUGCAAACGUAUCCCAACAAUGAUGAAGCUGCCAUUUAUCUUCUGAAAGGUGAGCCGGCUCAAGCUUAUGUGCGGUUCUUAAAUGUCACCACCGAGCUGCCCAAACUGUACUCUUUGAUUCUCAACGGAAAUGAGCUGUGCUCUAAUGCAGGAUACCCUUUUCCCAAGACUAGAGCUACUGUAAGGCAUCAUAUGUAUGUUAACGUUAAAAAGACAGUCAAGGAACCACACUACGGAGGUGUAUCCACCGAUCUAUCACAAUAACAUCCGAACCUUUGAGUAAUGUGGCAACUAAUGUGAUUUAUACUUAUAUCUAUUGAAAAAAAAAAAAAUUUGCCCUUCCUAUAUCACAUUAUUUCAAUUAUAACUUUUAAUUAAAAGGUAUACAAUUAAAUCGCACA